AUGGAGAAGAACUCUGAAAUGACCAACGUCUCCACGGUGGCUGAGUUCCUCCUCCUGGGCUUCUCUGACAUCCGGGAGCUGCAGCUGGUUUAUGCCACGCUGUUCUUCUUUGUCUACCAAGUGGCUCUUCUGGGAAAUCUCCUCAUUGUUGCUGUCACCACUCUCAACCAGCGUCUCCACACCCCCAUGUAUUUCUUUCUCAAGAACCUGUCCUUCAUAGACCUCUGCUACAUUUCUACUACAGUUCCCAAAUCCAUUGUCAACUCCUUAAUCGGUGACAGCUCUAUCUCUUUCCUGGGUUGUGUCUCACAGCUCUUCCUAUUGGUCUUGUUUGCUGCUUCAGAGUUUUUUGUCCUCACUGCAAUGUCCUUCGACCGCUGUGCUGCCAUCUGCUCCCCCCUGAGCUAUGAGCUCAUCAUGAACAAAACAGCCUGUAUGAUCAUGACAGCAGUGUCAUGGCUCAGUGGGUGUCUGUUUGGAGUCUUGUUUUCAGCUUCUACCUUCUCCCUGACCUUUUGUGGGUUCAAUGCUGUUCAGCAGUUCUUCUGUGACGUCCCCCCUCUGCUGAAGAUCUCCUGCUCUGAGGACCACGUUGCCAUAGAUGUGAGUGUAGCUACUGCAAUAGUCUUAGAUGCCAUCUGUUUUUUUUACAUCGUCUUCUCUUAUGUCCGCAUCUUCUCUGCCGUGCUGAGGAUGCCGUCUUCUGAGGGCCGGGCCAAAGCCUUCUCCACCUGCCUGCCCCACCUCGCCGUCAUCACGUUAUUUGUCUCUACAGGUGUAUUUGCCUAUCUCAAGCCACCUUCAUACUCACCCUCAUCGCUGGACCUGCUAGUAUCCGUGUUCUACACCGUGGUGCCCCCCACCCUUAACCCCAUCAUCUACAGCCUGAGAAACAGGGACCUGAAGGCUGCCAUGGGCAGGAUCCUAAAGGGGACAAUCCCCCUGCAUUCUCUCUGGAACAAAAUGUUUGUUUCCUUGUGUGAAUAA